AUGAGAUCUCACAUAUCUGAGCUUGAAGAAAAAUUGUUUCCGUAUGAAUUCCCAGAAAAAAUCAACAAAUAUUCAAACUCAAAAGACUUUGAAAGUAUCUAUAAAUUUCUUGAAGAACUUUCAGCUAAAGAAGACCAAAACUAUUUUAAGGCAGCCAUUCGUGCAGGAUUAGGUAUGAAAAUAGAUACGAAUGGAAUUUUUCCUCUUCAUAAAGCUUGCGAAAAAGGUAAUUUCGGGCUCGUAAAAUCCCUUCUUCAAUGUGGGUGUCCCCCAUUUUAUGUUAAUAAUAAUGGAGAUUCAGGUUUAGUUUUUGCAUCUGCUAAUGGUCAUCUUGAUAUUGUAAAAUAUCUUAUAUCUUAUGGAGUCAAUAAAGACAUCAAAAACAAGCAGGGUAUUUCUCCAAUUAAUUGUGCAUCUGCAUAUGGUCAAUUUGAAGUUGUUAAAUACCUUCACUCUAUUGGUGCGAAUAUAGAAUCUCAAGACAAUAACGGAUCUACUCCUAUUAUUCUGGCCUCAGCUCAUGGUCACCUUGAAAUUGUUAAAUACUUGAUUUCUAUUGGAGCAAACAAAGAAACAAAAGAUAAUUUUGGAUGCACUCCAAUAAUAAGUGCAUCUGCUCGUGGACAUUCAAAAAUAGUUGAGUUUCUCGUCUCUUCAGGAGCAAAUAUAGAAGAAAGAAGUAAUCUAGGAGAUACACCACUACUAUUGUCAUCAUUUAAAGGUCAUCUUGAAGUAGUUCGGAUUCUUAUCUCGAAUGGAUCUAAUAAAGAUGUGCAAGACAACAGUGGAUGCACUCCUCUUUAUUUGGCAGCUUCGAGUGGUCAUUUCGAGAUUGUUGAAUUCCUGUGUUUGCAUGGAGCAAAUACAGAUAUAAAAAAUAAUAGUAAUCUUACUCCACUAAGCAUUGCUUUGAAUCAUGGUCACACUCAAAUCGUCAAUUAUCUUAAUCAACAUCAUUAA